ACUAUACAUACUUCCUUUCCGCGGCAAAGUGACUGACAUAGCCUUUAAAGGUUUAAAGAACCUCCCUUGCCGCCGCCGCGGAACCCUAGCCUCAGCUCCCUCGCCACCACCGCGGAACUCUAGCCUCAGCUCCCUAGCCACCGUUCGCCGGAGUAUCACCCCGACGCCGUCGUCGCUGAGAAAUCAUCCACCAAAAGGCCUAACGCUAUGAAGACGCCGCAAUCUGCCUCUAAAUUGAAAAGGAAAAGGGAAGAAGGUAAAGGUAAGAAAAAAAAGAAAGCAGGUAACAAGGAGGAAAAAAGGAAAAUUACAGACAUCCCUGAAUCUCAUAGCAUGCUGGAGUAUGACCAUGAUGAAGGGGAAGGGUUUGACCAUGAGUCUCCUAGAAGCGAAGUUGUGGAAAGUUUGUGGCAAGAUCCUGAUGUCAAUGAUUCUGGAUUAACAGAAGGUUCUGAAACUAAAGAAGAUGUUGGGUUUCGUUCAGAUGAAGAGGAUAUUGGAAUUACUGGCCAACCAACUUCUGAAGAUUCAUUGCAUUUGAGCUCUUUUGAUUUACAUUUGGAACAUAAUUUAUCCAAAGAAGAAAUUGACGGCCAAAGGAAUAGGAAAUUUAGCUGGGAGACUCCAGCCAUUGGCAUGUCAAAUUGCAAGUGGAUAGGAACUGGAGAGAACAUUUUGGAGGAUUUGGAUAUCAAUUCUUGUCAUGGUCUCAAAUCAAAAUUGUCCGAGCAUUGGAUGGAUGUCUACAGGACAGCUGGAGGCAAAGAUAUUAGUUCACCUAAACAGAAGAUAUUUUUCUCCCUUUGCAGCAGUUACCGGGAUAUACUUUACUGUAACAAGAGGCCUUUCUAUCUCAAAGGUCUUGAAGACACAAGCAUCAUGGAUGCAUACAUAAUGCAUUCUCUCAAUCAUGUCUUCAGAACUAGAGACUGUGUGAAAAAAAAUGAUUCCAAACUGACCAAGCUUAAAGAGAAUGCUGAUAGUGAUAAAUUUCGAGAUCAGGGUUUUACUCGUCCUAAGGUUUUAAUUUUAUUGCCAUUGGCAAGUAUUGUGUACCGUGUUGUGAAGAGGCUUAUACAGCUUACACCUUCAGCUUUCAAGGUCAAUGUUGAACAUAUGGAUCGUUUCUCCACUAAAUUUGGAAGUGAAGAACAUAAAGGUAAUACAGAAAAUGACGAUGAAUCUGAAAAUGCAAAACCUCUAAAGUCUUCCAAAGCGACAGAUUUUCAAAUACUUUUUGGUGGUAAUAAUGAGGAUGACUUUAUGAUUGGCAUCAAAUUUACUAGGAAGACAAUCAAGUUGUUUAGUGAUUUCCAUACCUCUGACAUUAUUAUUGCUUCAGCACUUUGCUUGGUUAAUAAAAUUGAAGAGGCUGGGAGUAAUAAGGAAAAAGAUGUAGAUUUUCUUUCCUCCAUAGAGGUUCUGAUCAUUGAUCAUGCAGAUGUAAUAUCAAUGCAGAAUUGGUCUCAUGUGCAUACAGUUAUUGAACACUUAAACCGCUUACCAUCUAAGCAGCUUGGGACAGAUGUAAUGCGCAUUAGACCAUGGUAUCUUGAUGAUCAUGCCAGAUUUUACAGGCAAACAAUAAUACUGGGUCUUUAUUCAAAUCCAGAUGUAAAUGCUUCAUUCAAUCAUCAGUGCCUUAAUUAUGAAGGGAAGGUGAAAUUGAUCAGUGAAUAUAAAGGUGUCUUACACAAAGUGGUACCCGAAAUACGACAAAUUUAUGAACGAUUUAACGUAGACUCUAUAGUAGAAGCUGAUGAUGCUCGAUUUGAUUAUUUUGUUAAAAAGGUUUUUCCCAGAAUAAAAGAUUUAGAUCAGGGAGGGACCAUGUUGUUUACCAAUUCUUACUUUGAAUUUAUUCGAAUCCGAAAUUUUUUGAAGUCACAAAAUGCCUCCUUUUGUCUGCUUGGGGAGUAUACAACCCAAAGUGAUAUUUCUCGUGCGCGUCUUUGGUUCUAUGAAGGAAAAAGAAAAAUUAUGGUUUACACAGAGAGAUCUCACUUUUACCACAGAUAUAAGAUUCGUGGGGUUCAGAAUUUAAUCAUUUAUUCACUCCCAGAGAGGAAAGAAUUUUACCCUGAGAUUGUGAAUAUGCUUGAUGGGUCGGACAAUAUGACAUGCACUGUCCUUUUUUCCUACCUUGACAAGCUUCGGCUGGAAAGAAUUGUUGGAACUACUCCAGCCAAAAGGAUGGUGGCUGCGGAGAAAGGUGUUUUUGUUUUCUGCCAUUAGAAUUCUGCCUAGGCAACCGUGUGAAUUACCAUGGUCACCAUGGUAGUGGCAUCAUUGAUUAUUAUAUGUGACCAUGGAUGCCAAGAGGCUCCCGAAAACGAUCUUGAUGAUACAAUGAGUGGAAAAUAGUGUCGAGGAUGCUUGAAGGGACACUGACUGUCUAGAAAAAAAAUCAUGGAGGAAAACUCUUUGGGUUGGUUUUGUUUUUCUAUUAGGCCCCCCAUCACAAGUGAAUUCAGUUUAGUUCAAUGAUAGAACUGUAAAUGUAAUAGGGGUUAUUUUUUAUGAUAGCAAGCAUUCUAGAAGUAGUACGAGGGGUUAUAAUUCUGAUAAUAGUAUUAUUUUUUUGGUCAGCUAUAUUGAAUGAUGUCAAAUUGGAUAGUCAUGUUUGAAGCAGUUUGUACCCUAGAACGGGGGCAUUAAAAUGCUUUAUCCUUUUCAAUGAAAAGUCUAGAAGAUCUUCUAUAUGCAA